AUGCCUGAAAUCGCAGAAGUUGCGCGUAUCGUCCAUUUCCUCCGAAAGACCCUCGUGGGAAAGACCCUCUCCGUCGUCAAAGCUCAAGAUGACCCGAUCGUCUUUGGGAAAGUCGGCACAAGUGCUGCUGAAUUCCAGAAAGCCCUCACAGGCAAGAAGGUAGUGGAUGCGAACCAGCAAGGGAAAUACUUCUGGCUUAUAAUGUCUUCGCCUCCUCAUCCAGUCUUUCAUUUUGGAAUGACAGGGUGGUUCCAUAUCCGCGGGGAAAAGACAGUGCAUUAUCGCCAAAAGGAAGCAGACGGCGAACAAGAAUGGCCUCCAAAGUACUGGAAGUUCUCCAUGGAGACCGCUGGAGACCCUAAAGUGGAAGCUGCAUUCACAGAUUCUCGAAGGCUAGGUCGCGUACGAUUAGUCGACUGCCCUGGGAAGGAUAUCAGAAAGACUACGCCCCUGAAGGAGAAUGGUCCUGAUCCAGUUAUCGAUAAGGAUAUUUUCACGGAAGAAUGGCUGGAGAAGAAGCUGAAGAGCAAACGGGUCCCGAUCAAAGCUCUGCUUUUGGAUCAGGCAAAUAUUAGUGGUAUUGGCAAUUGGGUUGGGGAUGAAAUUCUGUAUAAUGCGAAAAUACACCCAGAGCAAUACAGCAACACUUUCAGCUCGGCACAGAUCAAGCAACUCCAUAAAUCCAUCCGCUACGUUUGCCAAACCUCGGUGGAUUUGUUAGGGGACUCUGAGAAGUUCCCUGACGAUUGGCUCUUUAACCAUCGAUGGGGCAAGGGGAAGAAAAACGCUGUUACUACGAUGCCGAACGGUGCCAAGAUUACGCAUCUUACGGUUGGAGGGCGAACAAGUUGUGUGGUGCCCAGCGUGCAGAAAAAGACUGGCGAUGUUGCUGGAGAUCUGAAAAAUGAAGAUGAGGAAGAGACUGGCGUCAAAGCGGGGACGAAGAAAGGGGGCAAAGCAAAGGUGGCCCCUUCAAAGAAGCGAAAAGCUGACCCCGAAGAUGAUGAAGACGAUGUUGUUUUCAAGGACGAGGAUUCUGCAGAAGAGCUCCAAAAUGGAAACAAAAGCGGCGCGAAGAAGGCUAAGUCGACUCCAAAAUCUAAAACUAGCCAGCCAAAGGGUGAUGCGGCGGUACCGGAGGGAAGGCGACGCUCUGGACGAAGUGCUAAAUGA